AUGAAACGGCUUGUAAUAAUAGGGGGAAUUCUUGGUGUGCUUUGCCACUUGAGUGUUGUGGAUUGUAAGGGCCUCCCAAUCAAGGGUACCAAUGGGAAACGUGUACAAUGGUGGUCAAAGCCGAGAAGUUACAAUGAAGAACAACGACGUCAAUUAGGUGUUGGGCCACGACCAGUGGACACAGUGGACAACGGGCCCAAAGAUGCUGGGAAAGGCACCAAGGACAGUAAUAAUAAUUCCUCAAAUCAAGGUCCUGUUGACGAUGAACGGGAAGGCAACACGGGAGGUGGCGGCGGUGGUGAUCCCAUCAUUGUGUUGGAUCCAACACCUUCACCAACGACUCGUCCCACCAUUCUGCCAACGAUGACUCUGGUCACCCCAACUGCAGCACCCUCCGAGACACCCUCAGCCUUGCCCUCUUCUCCCACCGUACUUGCGGAAACCAUUGCACCAACCGGCAUAUCACCUACAACUAGUCCUUCCAAUUUGGGCACCAAUUCGGGAACCAUCACUCGAAACCUUCUUCCCUUUGAUAUUACCGUCCAAGGGGAAGAAUCCGAAAUGCAAAUGGUUCAGAUUCCACUUGAGUUAUCUCUUAAUGAGUUUCUCUCUGAAACGAUGGACGGUAGCUUUGAAUCCUUCAAAGAUAUUACACUGGAAACGACAGAACUGGGCACCAUUCAACGACAAGCUAGCAGAAAAAGCUUUGGCUUCACGGGAGACGCCAAGUUUUACGACGUCAACGUACCGACCACAGAAGAAGUCCACGACGCACAACAGCGUGCCUUGUCUGAAUUUUCAUUUGAACUACAGAACAUAUUGAACGAGAGAAAUGUAUCUGUCAAUGUCGUCGAUAUUUCGCUAGACGACGAUGAGGACAGAAAUACCAACCAACAAGACAACGGCGAUGAGGACAACGAUGAUGGGGAUAAUAGUGAAGAUACAUCGUCCGCUCGGGGAGGGAUUGAACAGCAGAUUGUAGGGGAACCUUCCGAUUCCUCACCAGUUGCCAUUGGCGUCGGUACUACGGUAGCUGUCCUGGUAUUGGUUUGUGCAAUACUGCUGUACCUGCAACAACGAAAGCAAAAGAUAGAGGACAACAAAGAACUGGACCUCCUGGAUGAUCCAGAUUUGAUGGACGACCCAGAUUUGGAUGGAGACGCACCCGUCGAUCACAUGAUAGAUACCUCAGCAGGUCCUCCUCAAUCGCAGUCCAUGCUUGCUUCGGCUGAGUUCGUUUAG